GCAUCCUGGUUUCUUGGAAUCCGCGCAUCAUCCAUCCGAACAACCCUGUGUCGGCCCCGUUCCUGUCUCUGCCCCCCAUCUUCCGAGCGUCCUCGACCGUUCCUCGGCUUGUCCGGUAUCAGCCCUCUGAAUCCAAACCAACGCAACACAAUCCAAGCAGCCGCUCGCAAUGGAGAGUGUGUAUCUGUCCGAUCGACAGUGCCGUAUCCUUCCAGCCGGGCGAGAGGCAGCGAUCCAAAUGUGCAUCAGGGCCGCUUCAUUUGCCCCGGCUGAGACCCAGGACCAUCUGUUCCAACUGAAGUUCACGGCCAAGCAGCUCCAGCGGCAGUCCAAGAAAUGCCAGAAGGAUGAGGCGACCGAGAAAGCCAAGCUCAAAAAGGCCAUCCAGCAAGGCAACAUGGAGGGUGCUCGGAUAUACGCUGCAAACGCGAUCCGCAAGAAGAACGAAUCGCUCAACUUUCUCAAGCUGUCGUCGCGAAUCGACGGCGUGGCAUCUCGGGUGCAGACGGCAGUGACGAUGCGCAAGGUCACGCAGAGCAUGGCCGGCGUCGUCAAGGGAAUGGAAAAGGCGAUGCAGACCAUGAAUCUCGAACAGAUUUCUGCAGUCAUGGACAAAUUCGAGAGCCAGUUUGAGGAUCUGGAUGUUCAGACGGCGUACAUGGACGGCGCCAUGUCACAGACCACUGCUGCCUCGAUGCCGCAGGAGCAGAUCGACGAGCUGAUGCAGCAAGUGGCGGACGAGAACGGCCUCGAGCUGCAGAUGGAACUGCCCGGUGCCGGAAAAGCCACCCUGGUGGGCACCGCCACGGCUGAGAAAGAGCAGGAUGACCUGGCAGAGCGACUGGCUCGCCUGAGAAACCCCAACUGAGAGAACCAAGCACCGACUCUGAUCAACAUACACGCAUCCAUCGCGCAGUUCGAAAUGGCCGUGGAGCAGAGAGACCGGGCCGCCGAGUCGGAGGCCUUGGAAUCAAAGUCAAUACGAAGGCGAAUAUAUAUAUAUAUGGGCCUCCGGA